AUGCACAACCGCUCCACGCCACGCUUGCGGCGGUCCUUUCUCCCCGACGAGCCACGGAGGCCCUUUGUCGUGCUCGAGGUCGUCAACUGCCAGGCGUACAGCCUCGGCUACACGAAGUUCGUCGCGCUUGACCCGGACGGCAAGCACCCAGACCAGGCGUUCAUCGAGCGGUGUCGGCGCGAGCUUGCGGGGUGUACCUGGAACUUCUUUGUGGAGGCGGUACACCGGAGGGUGCUUGGCUCCGCGGACUACGAUCGCGCCACGCAAACCUACACGAACGUCCCCUUCCACGAGUACGUCUCGUAUGUAAUUCCUCGCGUCGGGUGCGAGGAGUUCGCCGGCACCGCGGAGGACUUCUUCGCCGCCGUCGGGACGGAGACCGCGCCGGCUUAUCCGUACAGCGUCCCCGGAUCUGCCGUUUCGCGCUCGCUCGCGCUUGUCCCCGUCGAGAUGGGCUCGUGGCACUCCACCCUCGCCUCUGAGGAGAGAGGAGGGCGGUGGCUUCCGAUCUUCCAGUGCCUGCCGCUCUUUACACCACGCGCUAUCGCAGCCCAGCGCGGGCUGCUCCUCUCCCAAGAGGCGCAGGCGGGCCGAGUGCCUCCGUGCAAGUUCAGUGGGCUUGCAGCGGGUGAAACGCGAGCCGAGCGCAACCGGGCGCAGCGGCACAAGAGCAACGAGCGCAAGGCGGCCAUGAUUGCAAAUUUGUCGGCAGAGGAGAGAUACGUGCCCCACAAAAUCCAGACGGGCCAGCUCAUCUUCAUCAAGCCAGUCCCAGGCAGCUCCGGAAGCAUCCCGACGCCCGGAUGGAAUACCCCGCCCGGCCCUGUGGCGCUCAGCUUCACGAACACCGUCGAGCCGCGCUGGAACCGCCUCGAGGCGGAACGGGAUGAGGGGCGGGCGGGCUCCGCGUCGGAGCUGCUCGAGCUCCGCCUCGGCCUUGUGCACGCGGUGGCGCGGGAGGUGGAUUCCUACACGUGCGGCAGGAAUGCGGAGGCCCGUCUCAAGCAGCUCUUCCCGGCGCGGUGGCGCGCACACGCCGAGGCGCGCAAGCUACAGCCCGGAUGGGAGACACUCCCGCGGGGCCUCCCCCCGCUCCUCGCCGAGCUGUCGGAGGAGAUCAAGCAGCUGCCGACGCGACCCGGGCCGAGCUCAGGCGCCCUGUCCGAAGCGCCCGGCGGCAAAGCCACCGCGCCAUCCGCCCUUCUCCCGCGCCCCGCCCUUCUCCCGCGCCCCGAGGGAGGGGGACGGGGGUGCAGCAAAGACACUGAUAUCUAG